CACACUGGUGGUAGGGAUACAGAACUCUGCAGAAGAAUGCACCUGGGAGAAAUGGAGAGGAAAAUGAAACAUUAGAAAUGGCAGCUAUGUGGCAGAUCCUAAGAGACCUAUGGCAACAUCAGUUGAUUGCCCAGGAAGUGAAUCUCAGGAGGGAGAAGAACCUGUGAGACACUGUGAAGAGCACCUCUUGGAGGGAGUGCAGCUGGAGGAGUUUGUGGACAUUGCAGACUAUUCUACCACCAAUGAACAGCUCAGUUUUCUGAGAGGAGAGAAAAUUCUCAUCCUGAGACAAACUACCACUGACUGGUGGUGGGGUGGGCAUGCUGGCUGCUGUGGGUACAUACCAACAAGCCACCUGGGGAAGGACCUGGAGGAGUGUGACCCCGAGGACACAUGGCAGGAUGAAGAGUACUUCGGCUGCUACAGAACCCUGAAACUUCAUUUGGAGAUGCUGACAGACCAGCCACAAACAACUAAAUACCAUCAUGUGAUCCUGCAGAGCAGGGAGUCCUUCAAAGACAAAGUAAUUCUGGAUGUCAGCUGUGGGAUCAGGAUUAUCAGUCUCUUUUGUGCACAUUACGUGCAACUCAAAGCAGUGUAUGCAGUGGAGGCCAGUGAGAUGGCCCAGCACACUGGACAGCUGGCCAUGCAGAAUGGCUUCACCGAGGUCCUCACCAUGUUACAGCAGAAGGUGGAGGACAUGGUGCUGCUGGAGAAGGUGGACAUGCUAGUGUCCGAGUGGAUGCGGACCUGACUACUGUUUGAGUUC